CUUGCAAAUUUCUUUCUUUCUUUUUGACUCUUCACUUUGGGACUGUACUUGAGCCAUGGAGGUGAUGACAGCUUUUUCAAGGAGAGAACAGCAAUCUCCAGGUGUUCCGGCACACUGAAAAGACACUUUGAAGACCCUGAGGAAAGAAGGCUGACUCACUACUGCCUGGACUUCUAUUGACUAUCUGACUGCGGUGACUGCGAAUUCAGAGUGUUCCUGAAGUCUAAUUAGGAACAGAGGCUAUCAAAGCGUGCGAGAGAACCAUUGGCUCUUACAGAUAUGGAGAUAAUCUGUCUGCUGCUGGAAAUGUCUCCGGAUUUUUGACAACGGCUAAACAACCAUGGGGUCCAGCGGCCUUGGGAAAGCAGCAACGCUAGAUGAGCUGCUCAGCACAUGCAUUGAGAUGUUUGAUGACAAUGGAGAAUUGAAUGACAGUUAUUUGCCAAGAAUAGUGCUCCUGAUGCACCGAUGGUAUGUGUCUUCCACCGAGCUGGCAGAAAAACUCCUCUGCAUGUAUCGGAAUGCCAGUGGAGAAGGCUGUGAUGAGUUUCGACUGAAGAUCUGCUAUUUCAUGAGGUACUGGAUUCUGAAAUUUCCUGCAGAGUUUAAUUUGGAUCUUGGUUUGAUUCGCAUGACUGAGGAGUUCCGGGAAGUAGCUAGUCAACUAGGAUAUGAAAACCACAUCAGCCUUGUGGACAUAUCCAGCGUUCCUUCCUAUGACUGGAUGAGGAGAGUCACACAGAGGAAAAAAGUAUCGAAAAAGGGGAAGGCCUGUCUCUUAUUUGACCAUCUGGAGCCCAUUGAGUUGGCUGAGCACCUCACUUUUCUGGAGCAUAAAUCUUUUAGAAGGAUCUCAUUCACAGAUUAUCAGAGCUACGUCAUCCACGGCUGCCUGGAGAAUAAUCCUACCCUGGAGAGAUCUAUUGCUUUAUUUAACGGGAUCUCUAAGUGGGUCCAGUUGAUGGUUCUUAGCAAACCAAGUCCUCAGCAAAGGGCAGAAGUCAUCACAAAGUUCAUCAAUGUAGCACAGAAACUCCUUCAACUAAAAAAUUUUAACACCUUGAUGGCAGUGGUUGGUGGUCUUAGUCACAGCUCCAUCUCCCGACUCAAAGAGACCCAUUCUCACCUCUCUUCAGAAGUUACAAAGAACUGGAACGAAAUGACAGAGUUGGUCUCCUCCAACGGCAAUUAUUGCAAUUACCGCAAGGCCUUUGCGGACUGCGAUGGCUUCAAAAUCCCCAUCCUUGGCGUGCACUUGAAAGAUUUGAUAGCGGUCCAUGUCAUUUUCCCAGACUGGAUGGAAGAGAACAAAGUGAACAUUGUGAAAAUGCACCAGCUUUCCGUUACCCUGAGUGAACUAGUCUCCCUGCAGAACGCCUCUCACCACUUGGAACCCAACAUGGAUUUGAUCAAUCUACUCACUCUCUCUCUGGACCUCUACCACACAGAAGACGAUAUUUACAAACUGUCACUGGUGCUGGAGCCUAGAAAUUCCAGAUCUCAGCCUACCUCCCCCACGACGCCCAAUAAGCCUGUGGUUCCCUUGGAGUGGGCUUCAGGGGUGAUACCAAAGCCAGACCCCACAAUCAUCAACAAACACAUAAGAAAGUUGGUUGAGUCUGUGUUUAGAAACUAUGAUCACGACCAUGAUGGAUACAUCUCCCAAGAGGACUUUGAGAGCAUAGCUGCCAAUUUCCCCUUCCUGGAUUCCUUCUGUGUGCUAGACAAAGAUCAGGAUGGCCUAAUUAGCAAAGACGAAAUGAUGGCUUAUUUCCUGAGAGCUAAAUCCCAGCUACACUGCAAAAUGGGACCAGGAUUUAUCCAUAAUUUUCAGGAGAUGAACUAUCUCAAGCCGACCUUCUGCGAACACUGUGCGGGAUUUCUCUGGGGCAUAAUCAAACAAGGCUACAAAUGCAAAGACUGCGGAGCCAACUGUCACAAACAAUGCAAAGACCUCUUGGUUCUAGCCUGCAGGAGACUGGCCCGGGCACCCUCCUUGGGCAGCAAUCCUGGGUCACUGCCUGGAAGCCCAGCUUUGCCCCCAGUGCAAGAUGAGGUGUUUGAGUUUCCCGGGGUCACUGCUGGACACCGGGACCUGGACAGCAGAGCCAUCACACUGGUUACAGGCUCUUCCCGUAAGAUUUCUGUGAGGCUGCAGCGAGCCACCACUAGUCAAGCCACCCAGACAGAACCUGUGUGGUCAGAGGGUGGCUGGGGAGACUCGGGAUCCCACACCUUCCCCAAAAUGAAGUCAAAGUUCCAUGACAAAGCAGCAAAGGACAAAGGCUUUGCCAAGUGGGAAAAUGAAAAGCCCACGGUACAAGCUGGUGUGGAUGUUGUAGACCGAGGCACUGCAUUUGAACCUGACCAGGAUGACGGGCAAGAUGAAGCCAGACAGGAUGGUGAGGAUGGCUGAGAUCAAGCCAGGGAGACAGAAGGCAAUCAUGUCGGCUUUGGGGAGGAGAGAGCAGUGAAGCUCUGAAAAGCAUUGCCAGCUCCGGAAGCCAUCUGCAAGAGAUCUGGUUAUGCUCACGGCCUCACAUCAAGGGACCUGGACGACUUGACUAUGGGACAGAAGCUCUAGAUUCUGAACUAUUUAUUUCCUGCACUCUGCCCCCACUGAGGUGCCACAAAAACUGUUAUGUGGUCAGCUGUUCCUCACAUCUCUCUAGAGCCGAUUAUACACAGGGGAAUGAAAGCUUUGGUGCACACGCAUGAUACCCGUUCUCCAAACUCCAAACUUAGCUUUUUUAUAAAAUGUGUGUGUUUGUGUGUGUGUAGGGGUGUCUCAUAAGAAGUUGAGUCUGAGCUCCUUUUUUGUGCCUUUUAGAUGGGACCAGGACUUGAAGUUUUACUGAGGAACAAAGACAUUUUUCAGGUUCUGGAAGGCGGUGUUCCCUCUGCUGACGAUUACCCGUGAGGAGUGUUUAUAGUGUCCUACCACACAGGGGCUGUGGUGUGUAAUGCCAUACAUGUGUAUCACCUAGGUCUUACUAGUCCUGUAUCACUAAGGGGAAUCAUAUUCCCCAAAGCUUCCCUGAUAUUUGUACUAGUCAUGGUGAAAAAAAUUAUACACCUAAUUGGCUUCCCCGGUCUUUCUGAAGAUUCCCAAAAUAGAAUGUUAAUUAAGAAAUCAAAUCAAGUUCCAAUGGAUAAAAUUUAGAAGGAAAAAAAAAAAACCCACUGAAUUAUUAGGUGAAAAGAAACACAACCAGUUUGGAAAGCUGAAAGUAAGUUUAAGACUUCUGUGGUGGUUAACUUCUGGAUGCAAAAAGGGUAACUUAAUUUCUACCUAAUAAAUUCUCAUCCACAGGAAGAAAAAUCAUCAUAGAUCUCAACUAUGGAUUGAUAGUACACUCACACCUUUAUAAUAUUAAUAAUUUAAAUGUCUUCCUUUGGGUGUGCAUCUUACGAAAUAGAUUCAUGAUGUUCAGAAACAGAGACAGAGGCAGGCUGGUGUUGCGUGCCUGUAAUCCCUGCACUCAGGUCAUGAGGUAGGAGGGCCUCAAAUCUUAGGUUAGCCUAAGUAACUUAGUAAAAUUCUGUCUUGAAAAAAGAAAAAAAAAACCCAAAUGUAAUAAUAAAAAUAAAAGAAAAAUUGAGGUGGUUGAAUCUGUCAUUGAGGGGACCAGUCAAAAAAAUAUUCCACAGAGGUAGCCAGGUCCACAGUUGAUUGCUGACAUCUAUGCUUCCCAUUUGAAGCCGAUUGUGGUUUUAUUUGGGAAAGUUGCUUCUAUACAGAUCAACUGAUAAUUCUGCUCUGGUCCUUAGAAACUGAGAGCAUGGGGACAUAAAGGCUAAGUGGUUCCAGUGUCUUAAAACUUGGGUAGAGCUGACAUAAUGUGCUCUGAAGGAUCUGGGAUGGGAAAUGAUUUGGAUUGGGAACACUGAAGAAAUGACGUUAUUAACUGAAGGAGCCGUGAGUAAGCUAGGUGAGAACUCACCUAACAGGGUCAAGCAUCUCAGAGGGCAGUGCUGUUAGAUCUAUGUAUAUACACUAUCUGUUACUGUUCAUAAAUACAGCGGAAUAUAUGUUAACAACUUAAAAGCAGAAAGUGGUAACUUAAAUACAGGAAAGCCUUCUGAAAAAAAAGUCAGAAAGAAACCUGUAAAGAAAUGUUGGACUUUUUAUAUUUGUUUUUAAAGGAGUUAUUUCACUUGCCAUUUGGUUUGGAUAUUUAUGAGUUUUCUUAUAUGGAAGGAAUUUGGUAUUUGCAGUCUUCCUAAGAUAAGGAAACAAAAUGUACCUUCAAUGAAAAAUAAACCAAACAAA